AUAAUAGUUCCACGCCCAGAAACGUCAGCAUCUCGUGUCGGGACGGGCUUUGCUCUGACAUUAACUACAGGUUUUCCACAAUUAUUCUCCAUCUCCAGCCGGACAUGAAUUAUUCCGUUCAGGUCAUGGCGGAGACCAUUCGGGGUGUUGGUGACCCAAGCCCGGACCCACCUGUUGUCAGGAUUACAUCGGAAGGAAUUCCUAGUGAGCCCCAGGAGGUGGCGGUUUCCAGCAGAUCAAAAUCUUUGCUGAUUACCUGGAAGGAGCCGAGGUACCCGCGUGGAAAAAUUAUCUCCUAUACGCUGGCCUACAAAGUAAAAGGAAAGCCAUACGACAGAUCAUUCCAGCCAGGAGAUUCAUUUACAAUGAAAGAGGUAGCGGGAGCCUCUUCGAGCUUUGUACUUGAUGAUCUGGAGCCAGCUACGCUCUAUGAGGUCUACGUGGUAGCGUCCACUAGCAAAGGAGAGGGGGAGUCUAGUCAGCAUGUUGAAGAAUUUACGGAACCUCCUGCAGCUGACGAGCUUCCAAAGCCCAACCCACCAGUGAUAGUGUCUUCCCCUGACGGUUCGCCUACCAUUCAGUUUAGCGAUAUGCUUGAAUCUCCAUAUAUAACGCACAUACUUGUUGCUGUUGAAGAGAGACGUCCGUUAGCAAGGCGCCGACGUCAACAGGCAGCGUAUGGAUCCUAUGCCGAGAAUCCCUCCUCAUACAUAGCAGCUAACAUCAGCAAAGAUGAUCUUCCGAUAGAGCUAACUAUAGGGGAUAACGAGACUUAUGGACAUUACCACAAUGCACCCCUCAGAGACAAGGCGAUAUAUGAUAUUCGAACAGGUGUUGAGAGCAAUGUUGGAGGAAAGAAAUCCACUCUGUUCGGAGAUCCGUCUGAAGUACAAACAGCUGGAGUUCCUUCAGGUUCCAUAGCAACUGUCGUAGGAAGCGCUGUUGGUGCUAUUUUUGUGAUUGUUAUCGUUAUAAUUCUCAUCAUCAUCUUUUACAAGCGAAGAAGCGAUGAAUCAGCCACUACUCAGUCUAAAGGGAAGGAGUCCGAUUCGUCUCCGCAGUAUGAGAACCCUGUAUUUGAUCCGUCAAAUACAGACGUCCAUACCUAUCAAGACCUGCACACUGACAGCCACACCUACCAAGGUGUUAAUACCGAUGCGCAGAGCUACCAGAAUCUUGCUGACUCUCAUACCUACCAAGAUCUUAAGAAACCUGAUCAAGAAGCUAUAUACGAAGAUGUAACUGACGCCAUGAACAGAGAGUAUGUCAAUGUGGUGAAGAAGAAUUGAAUACACGAGAUGAAGAAAGUCCAUUAAGAUGAUUUUGAGUUAUCAAAACAAAAGUUUUUAUAAUUUUAAGGGGAAAUAUAUUACAAAUAUAUGUCUAUGUCUCGAUAAUUUCGUGAAGAUGAAACCAUGCUUUAUAACUUA